GUGAAUGGGGUGCUGCAGGUGUUUGGGGAAUAUUUGGUGGUCCGUUCGUGGUUUAGGGAGCUAGAAUCACUGAUUUAUGUCGUAGACGAUCUUGCGAUUCCUGUUUAAAUCACAAUGGUACUCUUCCUCAACAUCAGUAUCGGCCAACGAGUCGAGGUUUACUUCAAGGGACAAAUCUUCUCUGCUACGGUUAAAUAUAAAGGAGGAUUAUCAAACGUCACUGGGGACUGGGUUGGGGUAGAGUUGGACAAACCAGUUGGCAAGCAUAGUGGAAUCUUCAAAGGUCGAGAAUACUUUACCUGUAAAACAAAACAUGGAAUAUUUGUCCAUCCUUCUAGAAUUCGGUUCACCCCUUUGAAAAGAAAUAUAUUUGAUACGUACAAAUCAGUGAGUCCACGGUCGUAUGUUGAAGAAACUCUGUUUAGACCAACCUCAGCACCACGAGUUAUUGGCCCAUACGACCCAGUCUCCGUGUCGGAAACCUUUGCUAGAUCGGCAUCUGCAGGAUUUUAUGAUAUGAAUGCUUCCUGGCACGCUGGUAAAAAAUGUCUUUCAAAGUCGGAGAGUUUCGCUUGCGCUCCUACCCCGGACUUCCAUCGUAGUCACAACAUCGGCAGAACAUUAACUCCUAAGAAACCUCAACGUCCAAAAUCAGCCAUGGAUUUGAGUAUUUCUAACGGCAGGACAUCACCAUUACGGACAUUCUACAGUCGUACGGAUUCACCGUUUAUUAGCAGUCCAGCGGUACCGAAGACGCAUAUGCCUAGUGAGGCUUUAAAGCUACAAGAUAUGAGGGGUUGGUCUUGUACCCAGAAGCCUCGAGAAUGGUCAAUAUGAUAUGGCAAGACGGGUUGAU